GGAAUAUUUCGCGGCUUUUUGCAGUGUCAGCGCCGCGAGGGCGUGGACGGUGACUCCUUGGUACAUACAUGAGUAAUACUAAUCGGAGGAGUCAUGCCGUUGUAUAUAUCACGACUACACUGUACUUUCCUACCUUCACAUCUCCUUCCGAGUUCACUCUUCUCUUCUUUCCACACUCUUGCACCUGCCAUACAUACAUCAUUGUCAGCCAACAAGAUCGAUAUCACCAAACUACGUGGACCCAGCCGCCGACCAACAUGUCAGCCCAGGCCUCAGACCAAACGCCGAAGAAGACCAUCAUAUACCAAGCCAUAAUCACAUUCCCGAAGGAGGAACCAGAUGACGAGCCCUACAUCUACGAUCCUACCUCCGCUGCGCGAGAUUCUACUGUUGCGAAGGGAGAAAAGAAGUCAUCAAAACUCUCUCUAUCGAAGAUUCUUCCCGGCCAUGCCGAAAGGAAGGCAAAAAGAGAAGCUGAGGGCGCCGCUAAGCAACCUACGAAUGAUGCAGAGACUGAAAAGGCGCUCAAUGAGCAUGCGAAAAGUGUUGCGAAAGAAGUUCGAAACUUCGAUCCGAAUACUGAUCAAUUCUUCCUCCGACUAUGCCGGGAGGACGUUGGGAGAUAUAGCGCUACGGUGUGGGCAGGAAAUGACGAUUCCGGGCGGGAAUUGCACACGGAGGAAUGCUCCUCUCCUGCUGAUGCCAUGGGCAUGCUGAUCCAAGGGCUAAAGAAAAGGCAGGAUGAAUGAUACAGGUAAUGGAGGUGGGAGAAUCGAAGCG